CGACCUCUGGCCCGCGAUACUUACGUUGCCGCCAUUUUUGAGUAGGGCUAAUUAAAGAUGUCAGAUGUCACUGUCUACACCGGUGAUCACUUGAGCCGUAUGUUUAAUAACGAAAGUACGGAAGACAGCGUCUUGAAAGAAAAAAACUUCUUCCUAAAGCUCGGAAACUUUCCCUUACUUACCUUUUUGCCUUUAUCGAAGAUGGCCGAAAGAGAGUCAGUAUCUGCUCUAGCUGCCGGAAGUGACUGUGCCUCUAUGAUCCAAAAGGCUCUUUUGCGUUGCACUUUCGACGACUUCCGGCGGCUCCUCUCGCGGGGAUUGGCUGUUAGCGGCGUUGUGGCUAAGCUCGUGUAACGGCGGCGGUGUCGGCAGCUGCUGCAGCGAGGAGAGUUUGGCGCGAUGUCUCACACCAUUUUGCUGGUACAGCCUACUAAGAGGCCAGAAGGGAGAACUUAUGCUGACUACGAAUCUGUGAAUGAAUGCAUGGAAGGUGUUUGUAAAAUGUAUGAAGAACAUCUGAAAAGAAUGAAUCCCAACAGUCCCUCUAUCACAUAUGACAUCAGUCAGUUGUUUGAUUUCAUCGAUGAUCUGGCAGACCUCAGCUGCCUGGUUUACCGAGCUGAUACCCAGACAUACCAGCCUUAUAACAAAGACUGGAUUAAAGAGAAGAUCUACGUGCUCCUUCGUCGGCAGGCCCAACAGGCUGGGAAAUAAUUGUGUUGGAAGCAUUGGGGGGGGUUGGGGUGGGCUUGGAACACAGGUGUGUACAGCGUGCUGUAGUGGAAGUUUUGUAUCAUAGUAAUCCUGUUUCCACUUUGUUAUACUCUAGCCAAGAUUGACUGUAUUGGAUGAAAUGUGAGGAUCUUGUUCAAUCGGAAACCCCCGUUACCCCCUCUUUUUUUCUUUUCUUUUCUUUUUUUUUUUUUACUUAAACAUUUUUAUGAUGAUUUAGAUGAAAAUUGUUCUUCGUCAGUUAAUGUUGGUUCCAGUCCUUCAACUGUUCAUAUCUACUUUAUAACAUUCAUGUACUAACCCUUCUUCAAGAUGGGGUGGGGGGUGGAAAUGCAGUUUAGCCAUGUCCUCAAGAUAAAGUCUUGGUAAAAAUAAAUAAAUGUCCUUUAGUUAUAUUUUC